AAUUUAAUUGCGUUUGCGUGUGUACUACAUCACGGCAGCUUGAGACUGCGUUGUUGCAGAGUCACUGUGAGUGGUUCGUAUGUAAACAAGAGGUUGGAGAAAGGAAAGUCUGGAACUAGCCAAGUAGCUAGGAUGCUAUAUAAUGCUUUAAGAUUUAUAAUAUAAUACUAAUGAGUGUCAGUUGAUUGUAGUGCGAUGCUUGGGGAAAUAUAAUCGAAAAUUACAAUAGAAUAAUAUUAUGUUGCGAAAACAAUCGAUGACGAGAAAUUGCUAAUCUUUAGAUAAAGUGCAGUAGCUGCUAAAUAGCUAACCUUACUGUGGCGUUAGCUAGCGUAGCUAGUUGGGCUUGUUUUGCUAGCAAACACGACUACCUAACGUUAGCUUGCAGAAUUCUAGGCCCAUUUGUCGCAUCGGCUGAUAUCCGCUGCAUGUCCAGGCCAUUUUUAACCUGGACUGUGGACAGGAGAGCCUGACCUGAGCCCUGGGUGGCUGGUCACUACAACCUCCUCCCACGAUGGAGGCAGGAGGAAAAGACUGCGAGGAUGAGACCCUACAGACUGCCUUUAAAAAGCUCCGGGUAGAUGCUGAAAGUUUGCCUGCCACAGUGAAUGUCUGUGAGACCGCCAUUCCUAGAAUGGUUAACCGAGCUUGUCCAGAAGGGACCAAGUCCAAACUGAGCUGCCCCAAGGAGAACUGGCAUGGUUGUAUGAGGAAGACGUCAAGAGGAGCUGUAAGAAAUCAAAGACGGCGCAGAUCCAAGUCUCCCAUCCUCCACCCUCCAAAGUUCACAUAUUGUGGCUCCAAGAUGUUGCCCCCACCUGGUCACCUGAAGCACAUGAGCCUGCUAGAGGCCGAAGGCUGCUGCUCUUCCCUAGGGGUUCCUGCCAAAAAGGAACUGCUGUCCUUGGGCCACUCCCAUGUGUUUGGCGGUGUUGGCUAUGAGCCCCACAACGCUGCUGCUCCUGGUGAAGACCCCACAGCCACGCUGGAUGGCAGCCCCAGACAACCCUUGUCUGACAACAGUGGCAUCCCAGAGGCAGCUGCAUGUGCAGGGGCUGACUCAGCAGCUGUGGAGGGGGUGAGUGGAGCUGGAGCUGUGCCAUCUGAUUUUCAGUCUCUGUCGAAGCUUCGCGGAGGUGGGGGCCCAUGCCCCUGUGCUCAGAGUGAUGGUCUGUGUCAGUGCCCGGUCUGGCAGGGUCUGGAAGUAUACUCCUUCACAGGCCUCCGUAAUGUCAUCUCAGAAUGCGAGAGGAACCUGACGAGCCCUGAGGAUGCGUCCCAUACCUCCCCGCACCAGAGAACUCAGACCGCGGGGUCCACCACAUUAGCAUCAAGCUCCCCACGCUCCUGUUCUGAACAGGCCCGGGCCUAUGUUGAUGACAUCACAAUAGAGGACCUUUCUGGAUACAUGGAGUACUAUCUUUAUAUUCCCAAGAAAAUGUCACAUAUGGCUGAGAUGAUGUAUACUUAAAUAAGUAAUUCAGUAAAAAUUCAGGGUGGUUUAAGGAAUUGUUAGGCAUUGAGUAAUUUAAUUUGGUUUAACUGUUUACUCAGCAGAGUUUUUUUCCCCCUUGUUCUUCAGUUAAACUUCAGUAUCAGAACUGAACAACACAUUUAAUUCCUGUUGCUUUUGAGUUAUUUGUUUUUCUUUCAUUGUUGACGAUUGUCUAUAUUUCUGGUUUACAAAUGAAGUUGCCAAAGCUCAAGUUUAAAAAGCUGCAGGUUGGAUUUGUUGGUAUAUGCGAAUGUGUAAUGCCAAGUGUGAUUGUUUGCCACCUUCACGGAGGUCAUUGUCUGGAGAUUCCAUUUUCCCCAAUAAACAUUUCUGUUCAAAACGUGUUUGUA